AUGCCCUACGUAUGUGUGAGGGGUCAACUUGGUGAAGUGAAACCCGAGACAAAGGUCUUUGGUCUCCCUACAAGAGAGCUUGAUGAACUUGCCAGAUUUCUUGACAAUCAUGGUGGGAAGAUAGGACCAGAUGGAACUGCAUUUUCCAACACUCCUGUUCAAAUCCUAGAUGCUCUCCAAUUCAAAUUCAACUACAAAGUGAUAAUAAUGCCAUAUGUGGUUGUACGGGGCAAUCUUGGCAUGGCCAAUACAAAAGUGUAUGGCCUGGCAGAUCGUGAAAUUCGUGAAAUCAGCAAACAUCUCCAACCUGGGAAAUUUGGACCUUCGGGUGAUCCACAUGUUGGUGUGGAUGGUAUUACCUUCUACAACUCUCCUGUCCUGGUGAUGAAUCAACUGGAAUUUCAUUUUGGCUACAAGGUGGUGGCCGGGUCAGCCCAGGCCAUGGAAGGAAAUGAAGCCCGUGUGAGAGAACUGUUGGAGAAGGGGCAUGCUGUGAAUGGAAUUGAUGCUACUGGAUAUGCUCCCCUUCAUUAUGCAGCUCGGAAUGGGCAUGUUUCCGUGUGUCGUCUCCUAUUAGACAGUGGAGCAGAUGUGAAUCUCCCCACUCGUGCUGGGAGCACAUCUGCCCUGCUUCGAGCAGCACUGCGCGGGCACGAAUCCGUUCUCAAGCUCCUCCUGGACCAAGGUGCCGACCCAAGGCUUCGUGAUUCCGACGGAAAGACUGCUCUCCACAAAGCAGCCGAGCAGGGACAUGUUUCAAUUGUGAAGGAACUCCUCUCUCGCUGCCCAGAGCUCAGGAACAUUCCCGAUAACAAGGGAAGGUGCGCCAAGGAUUAUACACAUGAUGUACAGAUUCUCCAAUUUCUAUCCUAGGGUUAAUUUUGACUUUCUGGAUUACCUGCUUUCCUUGUUCACCCAUUCCUAAUAAACUGAAAAUGCCUG